UCAAAACAUGAGUAUUGAAGAGCGUCCCCAAAAUAAGGCAAAGAUCUACCCAACCACAAGUGCAACCUCUCAAGAAGUGAGCAGCACUGAAUGGGGUUUCAUAGAGAUGAGUGAACAAGAGGUGGAUCUCAUAUGCAGAAUGCACGACUUAGUUGGAGAUAGAUGGAAUUUGAUAGCAGGUCGCAUUCCGGGUCGUAAAGCCGAAGAAAUUGAGAGAUUCUGGAUUAUGAGACAUGCUGAUCAUGCCAACAGAAAUCAUCAACAUAUAGAAAAAUAAAUUUAGGAUUAAGACUUUUGUUUUAGUUAUUCAGAUUAUUAUUAUUAUUAUUAUAAUUUUUGGAAUAUGGUUUCUUCUGAAAUAUUUGUAUUACCCCUAGU